AUGACACCGGUGAUGAUAAAAAGGAGAAGAAGUCAAGUGGAAUCGAAGAGCGCUCCUCUUAACUUCUCGAUUCUAGAUUCCCAGUCUCACACGUGGCGAGAGGCUCCAAGCUUGCCGGCCAAGCUAGCGUCACUUUCUGUUAGCGUCCUUGAUGGGAAGAUAUAUGUAGCAGGAGGCCAUGUUUCAGAGUUCUUGAAGAACACGUUGGAGGUGUUCGACACUGAAACACAGACUUGGGAUCUUAAGACCAUCCCUUGCACCGUGACAAAAAGCAAUGUUUAUCACCCGAGAAGUGCAUGUAUUGACGGAAAGUUCCACGUGAAGACUAGCACAGAGGCGGUUGUUUACAAUUGUAAGGAAAGUGGAUGGGACUUGUUUGAACGAGAGAUGGGUAAAUAUAUGAUUGCAGAAUCUUAUUGCGUGAUAGAGAAUGUUUUGUACUCUGCUUUACACGGAGAAUUGAUAUGGUAUGACUCUGACGUAUGCAAGUGGAGAUGUUUGAAGGGUUUGGAAGGACUACCUGAUAUCCCUUUUGGCGCUUGUGUUAGAUUGGCUGAUUAUGGUGGAAAACUUGCGGUUUUGUGGGAAGGGGAUGUGUUUGAUUUAAGGCAUGGUGGCAGCUAUAGAAAUAUUUGGUGUGCGGAGAUUGCGCUUGACAGACGGAAAAAAGGACGUGGGAUUUGGGGGGAAGUUGAAUGGUGUGAUGAUGUGCUUACAAUCCCUAAAUUGUGUAAGCUCGUUAAGGUUCUUUCUGUUACUCUUUGA